AUGAUCACUGGCCGAUCUGCCCAGCUGUGGUUACCAGUGUUGUUUUUCUCUCUGGCCAUCACACUAACGGCCACUCAGAAAUCUGUUGUGUCCUUGACCCCACCAUGGAUUAGAAUAUUUACAGGAGAUAACGUGACUCUUACGUGCAAUGCGAACAGUUCCCUUCAAGACAACAAUACUAAAUGGUUCCACAAUGGCACCAUUUCUAAAGUGACAACUUCACAUUGGGACAUCGUGAGUGCCACCAUUCAAGACAGUGGAAAAUACAUAUGUCAGAACCAAGGACUUUACAAGAGUAAACCCGUGUACUUGGAAGUGACGAGAGAUUGGCUGCUCCUUCAGACCUCUGCUGAGAUGGUAAUAGACAAUGAGUCCUUUGACAUCCGAUGCCAUGGCUGGAGGAACGGGACUGUCCAGAAGGUCAUCUACUAUAGGAAUGACCAUGCUUUCAAGUACAGUUAUGAGAACCCCAAAAUCACCAUUAGAAAUGCCAACCUUAACGACAGUGGCUCCUAUCACUGCACGGGCUAUCUUAAGCGGCUGAACUACACAUCCGAGAAAUUCAAAAUCACCGUAAUAAGAUUUUACAAAAACAAGCAUCAUUGGCUACAGUUUAUUAUCCAGUUGCUGGUGGUGAUUCUGUUUGCUGUGGACACGGGGUUAUUGUUUUCAACUCAAGAACAGUUCAAUCUAGCCUUGAAGAUUCAGAAGACAAGAAAACGCAACAAACCUUAA